UUCUUUGUUUCUUUAUGGUUUUGUUCAUCGGUGAAACGCUAGCAAGCUUAGUGAACUUUGUGUGUUUCGAUAUUAUAUUGCAGCAAAAGAUAGUCGUACAGGUUCCCAUGCACUGUGAUAAUUGCAGAACCAAGGCCCUGAAAAUCGCAUCAGUGGUUAAAGGUCGGGUGCACUCGGUGGCGCUAGAAGGCGGAGAUCGGGAUCGAGUGGUGGUGGUCGGAGAAGACGUGGAUUCGGUUUGUUUGGCUAAGGAUCUGAGGAAGAAAUUCACCCACGCCACCAUUGUAAGCGUGGAAGAAGUGAAAGAUAAGAAGAAAGAAGAAACGAAGCCAGAGGAAUGGCUGCGUUACUGGCAUCCUCCUCCUUACAACCCUUAUGUUGUUUGUGAAGAGUACCGUGAUGACGGUUGCACCGUCAUGUGACCGCCGCCGGAGAGAGAUAAAAAUAACUUUCCGGCCGACCUAUUUUGUGUGCACCUUUUGAUUCUCCUGUCUAAACACAGAUGAGAAGAUAGCAUGUCUAUUGUUGUUUAUGUCAUGUUGUUAUUUAUUGUAGUAAGUGAAACGAAGAUCACCAUUUGAAAUUUGUACGAGGUGUGAUGACAUUAUCAAAUCAAAAUAGAUAGACAAAUUUAGUUUUUCUACCAA